AGUGAUAAGGGCAAAGAAAUAUUAUUUAAAUUAUACAAUAGGGAAGAGGGAUGUUUACCCUCCCAGUGGAAAGAGUCAUUAAUUGUCCCCAAAUGCAAACCAGGCAACGAUUCAACUUCAGCAGAAAGUCAUAGACCAAUUGUAUUGACAUCUUGUGUAGGGAAGAACUAUGAAAACAAUGACACAUGAAUGUUUAAAACUGAACUUACUGGACCAUCGAGCUAUGAACAAACACUCAGGUAUGUAGGCAUACGUGGGUGUGACUCCAGCUCGUGACGCGGAGAAAGGAAAACGAAAGCAAACACAGGGGCGUCAGGUGAAGUUUUUUUCUACGGAGCUUUUCAAUAAAAAGUGUGAUCUCUAUAGUCUCUAUUUUCAUUUUAGCCACGCAGAUAAUAUGAAGAGAGCCCAGUAAAGUUACCGAAGACAGCAGCAUAAAGAGAGGCAACAGGAUGUCCGCGUCAAGAAAGGAGCUCCAGAAGGCCUUGUUGCGCUACACUGCAGACACCCUCAUCCACAUCCACACGGUGAGAGGAUUCUGUAAGAGGGUUCCUAAAUGGAUGCUAGGGAGGGAGUCAGAGUUAAACAUGAUGAUGGACAUCAAGGACAGGGCUGACCGCAUCGACCUAAACAUCAGCCAUGUUGGCCAGUCAGAGAAUAAAGGAGAAGCCUUUCUUGAGUAUAUGAAGAGCAAGGUGACACAGGUGACCGCAAAGAGCAGGUUGGAAGAGCUGGAGAAGGAGCUGGCUGCUGUGCUGAAGGACACUCUGAUGGAACUGGAGAAGCUCCACUGUUUCCUGGAUGCGGUAGAGAAGCUGGCAGUCACCUCACUUCAUGUGUUCGUGGAGGGGAGGCAGGUGGUGUUACACCUGCCAGAGGGGGUCGGCCUCGAUCAUGUUCAGGUUGUGAUCGCUGCUGCACGGCUGGUCUGCCCUCUGCUCGUUGAGUUUAAAAGAGAUGCAAUGGUCUUCUUCCAGCCCAAAAUGCAGAAUGUGGAAGUGCUGGCGUAUCAGCUGGACAAAUACAUCCAGACCACCCAGAGGAUCUGUGGGCUGUUAGAGAAAAGCACUUUCAGUGACUUCGACCUGAACAUGAUCAAGAAAUCUGCAGUAGACCUGGAUUUGGAUUCAUCAGAAGACGACAUGGAGAGGAUGCUCUAUCACAUCAAUCAGCUGGAUGACAUCAGGAUGAACCAGCACUUCUCUUUGGUGUACUUGUUUCAUGACUGCUCUGGCUUCCUCGACGAGUUCAGAGAUUGUCUACCUCGCCUGCUGCAGUCUCUAGAUGGACUGGAGGAGAUUGCUGUUCAGCUCGACUCCAUGAAUAAGGGGGCAAAGAUCUCCAGUGUGGUGGGCAGCUCAGUGGGGGCGAUUGGAGGCGUGCUUUCCAUCAUUGGUUUAGCAUUGAUUCCUGUAACAGCUGGAGUGUCUCUGGGUCUUACCAUGACUGGGAUAGGGCUUAGUGUCACCAGCGGGGUCAAUGGCGUUGUCACUACGGCGACAGAGUUAGGAGUAAACAGUACACAACAAAAGAAAGCCACUGAGGUCUUCGAGGGGCUCAUGAAGGAUUUGCAGAGUCUCCAGGAUUGUCUGAAGAAAGUCAGCGAUCAAACUGUCGCCAGAAUGGAAGCAAGUCAGAUAAAUGUAGCCGUGGGAGUGGGAAAGGUGCUUGGCAAAGCUGGUUUCAUUGUAAGAGGUAUUGAUUCACUUGUUGAUACUGCCUCUGCUUUUAAAAUAUUAAAAAAUGAGGAGCUGGUUGUAAGCGCUGGUAAGGUGUUGGCUGACGAAGGUCAAGCUUUACGGAACGUGCCCAGGGUGGCCGCAGACAUCCCAGAUAUCGGACAGGCAGCAAUCAAAGGGCCUCUUGCCCUCACCAAGUCCGCCAGAGCCGGUCUCAUCGGGCUGAAUGCUCUUUUUCUCGGCAUGGAUGUCUUCUUCAUCUGUAAAGACAGCAUCAGUCUGUCCAAAGGCAGCGAGACCGAGGCCUCGCAGUUCAUCAGAGCCAGAGCGGCACUGUGGCGCUCAGAGAUCGACGCCUGGGAGAAAAUCCAUGGCUCCCUGACAGAAGGUCUGCAGAAAUCAGAGAAAAACAAAGCUAUCCUGGAAACGCCAUUUCAUCCGGAGUUGGAGAGUGAGCUGAAGAGUGAGAUGAAGAUGGAGAUGAAGAUGGAGAUGGAGAUGAAGAAACAAAAACAAACCGAAAUGGAAAUUCCCCCUGAUGAAGUGAAUGAAAACAUGGAAAAGGAAGGAAAAAAUUGUGUAAUACAGUACAAAAACCCCAGUAAAGUUACAGAAGACAGCAGCAUAAAGAGAGGCAAAAGGAUGUCCGCGUCAAGAAAGGAGCUCCAGAAGGCCUUGUUGCGCUACACUGCAGACACCCUCAUCCACAUCCACACGGUGAGAGGAUUCUGUGAGAGGGCCCCUGAAUGGAUGCAAGGGAGGGAGUCAGAGUUAAACAUGAUGAUGGACAUCAAGGACAGGGCUGACGGCAUCGACCUAAACAUCAGCCAUGUUGGCCAGUCAGAGAAUAAAGGAAAAGCCUUUCUUAAGUAUAUGAAGAGCAAGGUGACCGCAAAGAGCAGGUUGGAAGAGCUGGAGAAGGAGCUGGCUGCUGUGCUGAAGGACACUCUGAUGGAACUGGAGAAGCUCCACUGUUUCCUGGAUGCGGUAGAGAAGCUGGCAGUCACCUCACUUCAUGUGUUCGUGGAGGGGAGGCAGGUGGUGUUACACCUGCCAGAGGGGGUCGGCCUCGAUCAUGUUCAGGUUGUGAUCGCUGCUGCACGGCUGGUCUGCCCUCUGCUCGUUGAGUUUAAAAGAGAUGCAAUGGUCUUCUUCCAGCCCAAAAUGCAGAAUGUGGAAGUGCUGGCGUAUCAGCUGGACAAAUACAUCCAGACCACCCAGAGGAUCUGUGGGCUGUUAGAGAAAAGCACUUUCAGUGACUUCGACCUGAACAUGAUCAAGAAAUCUGCAGUAGACCUGGAUUUGGAUUCAUCAGAAGACGACAUGGAGAGGAUGCUCUAUCACAUCAAUCAGCUGGAUGACAUCAGGAUGAACCAGCACUUCUCUUUGGUGUACUUGUUUCAUGACUGCUCUGGCUUCCUCGACGAGUUCAGAGAUUGUCUACCUCGCCUGCUGCAGUCUCUAGAUGGACUGGAGGAGAUUGCUGUUCAGCUCGACUCCAUGAAUAAGGGGGCAAAGAUCUCCAGUGUGGUGGGCAGCUCAGUGGGGGCGAUUGGAGGCGUGCUUUCCAUCAUUGGUUUAGCAUUGAUUCCUGUAACAGCUGGAGUGUCUCUGGGUCUUACCAUGACUGGGAUAGGGCUUAGUGUCACCAGCGGGGUCAAUGGCGUUGUCACUACGGCGACAGAGUUAGGAGUAAACAGUACACAACAAAAGAAAGCCACUGAGGUCUUCGAGGGGCUCAUGAAGGAUUUGCAGAGUCUCCAGGAUUGUCUGAAGAAAGUCAGCGAUCAAACUGACGCCAGAAUGGAAGCAAGUCAGAUAAAUGUAGCCGUGGGAGUGGGCAAGGUGCUUGUCAAAAGUGGUUUCAUUGUAAGAGGUAUUGAUUCAUUUGUUGAUCUUGCCUCUUUUUCUAAAAUAUUAAAAAAUGAGGAGCUGGUUGUAAGCACUGGUAAGGUGUUGGCUGAGGAAGGUCAAGCUUUACGGAACGUGCCCAGGGUGGCCGCAGACAUCCCAGAUAUCGGACAGGCAGCAAUCAAAGGGCCUCUUGCCCUCACCAAGUCCGCCAGAGCCGGUCUCAUCGGGCUGAAUGCUCUUUUUCUCGGCAUGGAUGUCUUCUUCAUCUGUAAAGACAGCAUCAGUCUGUCCAAAGGCAGCGAGACCGAGGCCUCGCAGUUCAUCAGAGCCAGAGCGGCACUGUGGCGCUCAGAGAUCGACGCCUGGGAGAAAAUCCAUGGCUCCCUGACAGAAGGUCUGCAGAAAUCAGAGAAAAACAAAGCUAUCCUGGAAACGCCAUUUCAUCCGGAGUUGGAGAGUGAGCUGAAGAGUGAGAUGGAGAUGGAGAAACAAAAACAAACCGAAAUGGAAAUUCCCCCUGAUGAAGUGAAUGAAAACAUGGAAAAAGAAGGAAAAAUUGUGUAAUACAGUAGUCUUCAGGGAUGAUUGGCCUUUUUUUUUUUUUUUUAGCAACUUGAGCCUUAAGAUUUGACAUCAACUUAAUGUGAUCCAACAAAAAAAUGAUAAUUGCACUUUGCUUAAAGAUUACUGUUCAGGAUCAAACAUUGUUAAAAUGAAGACUUGAUGAAUGUAUAUAAUCAUUAUGACAUUAAGCAACUUUCCAUGCCACUUUUCUUCCUGUCAGUGUUGGAUUUUUUUUAACCUUUCGCUGAGCCAGAUUCAUUUUCAAAUUGAAUUUGUUUUUGGAAGGCAUCUUGCAACCCACCCCUCCUCACAGUGUACCCCCCCCCCCCCCCCCCCCCCCCCCCCCCCACAGUGUACCCCCCUCCCCCUAGACAGUUAUCUGUAGGAGAAAUCAAUACAGUUGAAUUGUCUCUCCAAAGGGAACAUGAAUGGGCCCUUAGCGCUUAAAUGUGUGGGCUCAUUAAAGGUGAAGUUAUACUCAUGAUUGAUAUCCUGUGAUCAUAUAACCAUUUCAUGCUUUUGUAAACCUAACUUUUGAAUAAAAAAGGAUUUCCUGAGAACUCCA